GCGGCCGCGGCCUCAUGUGGAGGAGGGAAUUCCAACGGGGGCUGGAGCUGCAGGGGUGAAAUGGCUGCGAAGGUGUUUGAGAGCAUCGGGAAGCUCGGCCUGGGCUUGGCUGUUGCAGGUGGAGUUGUGAAUUCUGCUCUGUACAACGUGGAUGCAGGACACAGGGCCGUGAUCUUCGACCGGUUCCGAGGGGUGCAGGACGUGGUGGUGGGGGAAGGGACCCACUUCCUGAUCCCCUGGGUGCAGAAGCCCAUCAUCUUCGACUGCCGCUCCCGCCCCCGCAACAUCCCCGUCAUCACCGGCAGCAAAGACCUGCAGAACGUGAACAUCACGCUGCGGAUCCUGUUCCGGCCCGUGACGGCGCAGCUGCCGCGCAUCUUCACCUCCAUCGGCGAGGACUACGACGAGCGGGUCCUGCCCUCCAUCACCACCGAGAUCCUCAAGUCUGUCGUGGCUCGCUUUGAUGCUGGAGAGCUGAUCACCCAGAGGGAGCUGGUCUCCAGGCAGGUGAGCGAGGACCUCACGGAGAGAGCGGCGACCUUCGGGCUCAUCCUGGACGACGUGUCCUUGACCCACCUGACCUUCGGCAAGGAGUUCACAGAGGCGGUGGAAAUGAAGCAGGUGGCCCAGCAGGAAGCAGAGAGAGCCAGAUUCAUUGUGGAAAAGGCCGAGCAGCAGAAGAAGGCAGCUGUGAUCUCUGCUGAGGGGGACUCCAAGGCAGCAGAGCUCAUUGCCAACUCCCUGGCCACGGCCGGGGACGGGCUGAUCGAGCUGCGCAAGCUGGAGGCGGCCGAGGACAUCGCGUACCAGCUCUCGCGCUCCCGCAACAUCACCUACCUGCCCUCCGGACAGUCCGUGCUCCUCCAGCUGCCUCAGUGAGCCCGGCGGCCUCUGCCCUGCCGGCUCAGCCCUCUCCAAAACCGAAUCAUCGCGGUUUCCUCGUUGGUAAAAGCAGAGGAAACGGAAAUCGACCCCUCUCUCGAAUUGGUAAUCCAAUAAAAGCCAACGCGCGUUGACACCAGAGCUGCGUCUCCUCCCACGGGCGGCAGAGCUGUGGCUUCACCGACCACUCGAGGUUUGAGAAUUGCCCCUUUUCAGGCAGUCUGAGCACUGGGAGCAGAGUUUCCCGUCUCCUCCCUCCUGGGAUGAGCAGGUAGCCCGGGUGACUCCCUGUGCCGGAUCCAUCAGUGCCUUCAGGCCGCUACGGCCCGGCAGGGCCUGGACUGUGGGACAGGGCUCACCCUCCAGCCAGCCAGUCCUUUUCCAGGGUCACCUGAGAGCAAAAGGACUCCUCAGCUUGGGGCAGUGGCUCUGCUGUGCCUGUGGGAAGCACAGCCCUGGCAGCUGGAGGCACAGCUCCGUGCUGGGUGAGGAGAUUCCCCUGUGCAGUGCAUGGAUUCCAGGCACGGAGGGGAAGGUGGCUCCUCUGCAGGGAAUCCUGCUGCAAUCGGGACCUCUCUUCCCCCUGCUGCUGCCCCCUGCUCUGUUCCUCCUGCCCCGUGGGGUGCUCUCCCGGGCCAGCCCUGGCACAGGGAGGGGUCACUCGGUGCUCUGGCUCAGGCAGUCGGGGGGGGGCAGAAUUCUCUGUUACAUCGACGCUCUUUUUUAUUUCGGGAGGCCGAGUUGUGAGGAGAUGUGAUGGGGGAGAUUGUGUAACCAGCCUUCAAUAAAUGUCACAGCCCGAGGGUGGCA